CUGAAUGACUCCAAACAGAAUAACUGUGUUGAUGGUUUCACGGCAUUUCCACUAACUCUCCUCUUUCUCUGUCUCCGACCGGCCUCCGUCCAGCUCACCAUGAGUAUGAUGGGUACUCUGGAGAAGGGGGCCCACCAUCAGACCCUGGACCUGUCUGAGGAGCUGCCCCCCCACCUUCACCAUCACCACGCCAACCACCACCAGCACCUCCACCACUCCAACUCUCUGGCCUCCACCGCCGUGGCCGUGGGCAGGGAAACGCCCUCCCGUGUGGUCAUCCCUCCCCCGUAUUCGGCGGCAGAGAGCGGCGGGGGGGGCAGCGAGGCCCCCCUGGAGCUGCGCGGCUCGCUGGACUGCUGGGCCUGCUCGGUGCUGGUGACCGCGCAGAACCUGCUGAUAGCCGCCAUCAACGCCUGCCUCGCCGGGGUGGUGUUCGGCACCAUCCUGACGCCAGCCAUCGCCAUGGUGGUGUUUGGCUUCCUCUGUCACUCUACAGUCCGGCCACACGGGACCACUCCCUACUGCUCUGACCUGCUGACCGAUGGGGGCUGCGUGGCGCUGCUGGUGGUGGGCUUCCUGCUGGUCACUCCUCUGCUGGUGCUGGCUCUGGCCGCGUACUGCCGCCUGGCCCGGCACCUCCAGCUGGGCCUCUGCUUCAUCCCCUACAGCCGCGCCGUCUACAAGAACCUGCCGGCCAGCCAGCACGGCGGGCUGGGCAGCGGCUGCUGCGGGGGUCCAGACGGAGCUGAAGGCAGCGGGAAGGGGAAGGUCUGGGUGUGA